AAGUCAAGCUCCCAUGAUGCAUCUGCGGUCAGUUAGGUGACAGCGGAGCUGCUCAGCUCUCCGGUACAAACCGUCAUUUAUCGCCGUUUUUCUCCGUUUUUGGGAGCUUAUAACAGAAGAAAUGGAGAGCGACUGUACACACUGACUUCUCUUUUUAACGUACGGUCACCGAGUUUGUGGUGUUUCACAGCGGAGACGCGCCUAAAGCCAAACCCUUGUUUCGCGUGCCAUGUAGGAGUAACCCUUUCCUCGAGGUGCCAUGCUCGCCACACAGAUGCCAGACACGCCACCAGAGGCCAAAGAUGUCAAACAGAUCAAAGAGAAGUUGGCGCACUCGCUCAAGGCCCUGCAGAAACGAUACGUAACGUCCGACGCCGUGGUCACCAGCGAAGACGGCGACGCCAACCUCCUGUGCUGCGCCCUGGAGGCCAUCUUCAUCCACGGGAUCAAGAGCAAGUACGUCCGCUCGGACGCUGGCGGCCGGGGCAGGAAGGCAGACCGAGGACCCCUUCCUCAGCCGUUUUUCUGGAGCCUCCUGAAGACCGUCACCCACCGUGAUGUGAUCACAGAGCUGGAGAAGAUCAGCUUCGUGGGCACCGACGUGGGUCGCUGCCGAGCGUGGCUGCGGCUCGCCCUCAACCACGGCCUGCUGGAGUGCUACCUGGCGUCGCUGUUUCGGGAGGACUCCAAGCUGCGGGCGCACUAUCAGCCCAGCGCCUUGCUCCUGAAUGCAGAGGAGCGGGAAGUCCUGCUCAGCUACCUCCAGGGUCUGGCGUCGCUUACAUUCAGCCUCUCUUACAAGUCAGCUGUCCUCAACGAAUGGACCACCACUCCGCUCGCUCUCGCCGGACUCUGUCCUUUGUUCCAAGCUGAGGCGCUCGACCUGCCGCUCAACGGCGGAGACCUUCCCACCUCCAAGCCCACGUACAAAGAUUCGUGGGACACAGUGUCUCAGUCGUCGAGCUCAUCCGAUGCGCUGGAUAUGCAGAGAGGGUGCCCGGUGUUGAUGGGGAGAGGGUUGGAAAGCGUGUUACAAGGAGACCGGACUGCUCUCAACUCAUCUAACUUAAGCCUGGACACCACAGGCUCCUCUCAGCUCUCCUCCAGCCUGAGCUCCGACAGCCUCCUGCAGGGGCAGGACCCCCGCAGCCCGACAGAGCAGUGGUCCUCGUGUGACCUGGACGUGCCCAUUAGUGUCAGCCUCAGCACCAAGAGGCCACAGAAAGACUCUCAGGCCGAGUUUCGGGAGAGCGGCCACUGCAGUCAGGACUCCAUGCGGGAAGACUCCUUCGUCUCCAGCACGGGUCUGGAUCAGUUCUCCGAGACGGCUGUUUUCAGCGGUUCUGACAGCGAGACCCAGGGUCCUCCUACGCCAUCCCAAGACCAAGCAGACUCUGCACUGCCCGAUUCAGAGCCUCUGCCGGCAACCCUCGAGUUGCCGUCAUCUGACGAGAACCAUGUUAACCAUUCUCCCCCCGAAGUCAACGGCAGUGCCUCUUCUGAGUUAAACUUGGACGCAGACGUACUCUUGACAGUCAGUGAGCCUGUGGUGCCCGUCGAGGAAGUACAUACGACUGACGUUCAGGAGAGUACCGAGCCGAUCCAUGAAAAGAAAGAAACAGAAAUCACGAAGAAGAUCGCCUCGGUGCCUUCAGUACACCACGGCCCACAUCGGUCCACCAGCGUCCUGAGCAGGCAGUUAUCCACAGACUCUCUAUCACAUUCUCGUUCCUGGAUCUCCGAGGACGACAUCUACAAGCCACAUCUGGAGGAGGUGUUGGACCACGACGAGGCGCCUCCUCCUGCUCCCACCGCCGAGCUCAGGGUCUCUCCCUCACCGCCCAGUGUCGUCCACCGAAGACAGAUAGGGCUGUCCAACCCGUUCCGUGGCUUGCUGAAGCUCGGUCAUCUCGAGCGUCGAGGCGCGAUGGGUUUGUGGCGGGAUUAUUACUGCGAGCUGUCGCCCUUCGAGUUCCGCCUGUAUCUGAAUGCCGAGGAGCGGACGUGUUACGACAACUGCUCCCUGGUGCGUUGCGAGGACGCUCGCCUCGCCUUGCCAGAGGGACGCUUCGAGUUGGCCUUCCCCGGGAAGAGGCUGUACCUCCGGGCGGCCAAUCGAGAUGAAGCCGAGGACUGGGUGGACCGGAUAGUGGAGGCUGUCAACAAAUGCCGGCCAGCAUCUCGAAACGAUGAUCAGUGGGAGGUGCUGCAACCCACCAGUGAGAACGGUGUGGAUGCGAAGUCGCCGUCCUCCGCCCCAUCCAGCCCUGAGCGGGGUCUAUCACCCUCUGACACGGGGACGAGUGGCGGGCAGGAGGCACCUCCUACUCCACAGGAACUCAACUGGGCUCGGACCUCUGAUUUGGAAACUGACUCCAUCAAAGAAGCUGUUUUGUACUUCUCCACAGAUCCUGAAGCUCGGACGUGGACGCCUCAGGUCUUCUCCCUGUCCUUGGAGGCCUUGAAAGGCUUCCGGGUACAAGAGGGAAGGAAGCUGCUGCGUCAAAUCCACUCCAUCGAGGAAAUCCGGGACGUGGUGCCGGACGUCUCUCUGGGAGGACCGGCCUAUUUCAAGCUCCUGACCGUGAGGGAGACGCUCAGACUCAGGGCGGAGAACGCAGACGAGGCUCGCUCGUGGAGGGUUUUGAUCCGCGGCGCUCUGGACUCGUACCUGGACAGCGGGGAGGACGGGAUCUCUGAGGAGCCGGCUAUGACACGUGGAAACCUCCACAGACUGGUGCAGCACAGACUGAAGGAAGACGGAGCGCUUCUAGUUCAUCUGUGCACCGUGCCGUCAGAGAAGGGGCUCGACACGCAGAGCUUCAAAUGUGCAGGGUGUCCUCAGCAGAUUGGUCCGUCUCUGGGCCGAGCCCGGCUGUGCGAGUUCUCAGGCCAGUACUACUGUGACUCCUGUCACCACGGCGACACCACCAUCAUCCCCUCACGCAUGGUGCACAACUGGGACCUCACACAGCGAGAGGUGUCUAAGAAGGCCCUGAAGCUGCUGGCUGAGGUGGAGCGGGAGCCGCUGCUGAACCUGGAGCUGUUGAACCCGGAGCUGGUGCGGCAUUCAGAGUCCAUGGCUCAGGCUCACCGCCUGCGGGAGAGGCUACGCCUGCUGGGCGACUACCUGCUCACCUGCCGCAGCGGAGCCUGCAAGAAACUCCAAGCCAGACUGGAGCAGCGGACGUACCUGUUGGAGUCGAGCCAUCUGUACAGUGUCAAGGAUCUACGACAGAUCGCAGAGGGCGAAUACGCAAACUACCUGAUGACGCAGUCGCAGUACGCCUCCACCCACGUGUCCCACUGCGACCUGUGCACCCAGCGCGGCUUCAUUUGUCAGAUAUGCCACGCUGACGACAUCAUCUUCCCUUUUCAGUUCGACACCACCACCAGGUGUAAAGAUUGUAAAGCUGUGUUUCACCUGGCCUGUAAAGCUCCCGGGGUGUCGUGUCCUCGCUGUCAGCGAAUGAGGAAAUACCUGGAGAGAGACCUGCAGGACUGAAGACGAAGAGAGAGACAUAACGGGAAAUGUAGUUUUUACAUGAAGUAACCUCAAGUGCAAUUAUGAGUGUGAUUUACCCCCUCUGCUCUAACUGACCUUUAAAACUGGAGCGGACGGUGCAGCAGCUUGACUCUCAGUGACUCUAAUACCUCUCUGACAUCCGAUUCAGCCACGGCAUCAAUCAAAAGACCGGACAGCAGUGAAGGUCACUUUUUUUCUUUUCACACUUUGUCUUCUUAAACCAUCAUGUUCACCAUAAACACUCUGCUUCUGUCACAUAUUUAAACACAGCAUUAAGCGAAGGGUUUGGGUACAAACAGCACUUGAAAUGUUCAGAUUGACACAUUUCGAUGGUGCUUUCUUUUUAAUUUGAGCUUCACACUCACAGAAAACUUCACGCAGGCUGUCGCUCGCUCGUUUCUGAUAAACAACACGACGUUACCGCAUUAAACACUGAUGUGUAAAGUUAAAAAUCAGUUGCCAAGAAGACUUUGUGGAAUGUUUCUCUCUCUUUAAUGUAUUUACUCAAGUUUCUGAAUCUCACAAGCAGCUCUGUAGUCCAGAGGGGAGAUUUAAAGAAGAUGUUUGUUAUGCUGCUCGUGCGAUGAAGUAAAUUAAUAAUAAAUAAAUGUGUGGAAACAUUUUUGCAUAUUUGCACUCAGCUCUGACUGUUAAAUCGAUAUUCACAACUCGGACUCAGUUGUAAAUAUCUUCUAGCACAUGAAAUUAUCCCCAAAUGAACAAACAAAUCUGCAUUCCUGACUUUUUAUUUCUCAUUUUAUUUCAUUUUUAUCUGACGUCGAGUUUGAAGAAUUAAAAAAAAAACAUAGAAGGUUUACUCAUCAGAUCCAGUUUGAUAUAUGCAGAACAGAUCACCUGUUAUUUUUUAAUUGUUGUAUCAUUUAUUAUGUCUGAUGUAUAAAAGAAAUUAUGAAUGAAUGUCACUGUGUUACUUUUUGAAUCGGUGGCUUCUCCUCAGAGCCUCGCUGGUGUUUAUCGACCUUUUCAACACAUGCAGGAUAAAAAACAUGUGGGGGUGUUAUUGUUAAUGUGUGGGAAAUAAAAGGAGUUCUCUGA